AUGAAGAUCCAGCUUCCCUUCAACGUCAUUGCUUUCAUGAUCUUCUUGUAUUUCAUCUUCUUGUUAUUCAAAGGGUGGAAAAUAUCCACAGCCCUAAAGAAACAUCAAAGAUUACCUCCCACACCAUGGAAGUUACCUUUGAUCGGAAACCUGCACCACCUCGUUGGUGCACUACCACACCGAUCUCUUGAGAAAUUAGCCGAAAAAUAUGGACCAAUCGUGCAUCUAAAACUCGGUGAAGUUUCUGCCAUUGUGGUGUCGUCAGCCGAGCUUGCUAAAGAAGUACUAAAAGUUCAAGAUCCUGCUUGUGCUGAUAGGCCACAAACGAUAGUAAGUAAAAUCAUGUUGUAUGAUUCUACCGAUAUGGGGUUUAGUCCGUAUAAUGAAUACUGGAGACAAAUGCGUAAGAUAUGUGUCUUGGAGCUCCUAAGUGCCAAAAAUGUCCGGUCAUUCAACUCCAUAAGGCAAGACGAGGCUUCACGUCUCAUCAAAUCUAUUCAAUCAUCUCGUGGAGAACCCAUCAAUCUUACCGAAAAAAUAUUCUCAUUUACAAGUUCGAUCACUUGCAGAGCAGCAUUUGGAAAAGUGAUUAGGGAUAGAGAUAUAUUGCUGUCAUUGUUGAAGAAAGCAGUGCCCUUGACAGGAGGUUUUGGAUUAGUGGAUUUGUUCCCGUCUUUCAAGCUGCUACAUGUUAUUAGUUGGAACAAACAUAAAUUGUUGGCCAUGCGCCGUAAGCUUGAUGUGAUCCUUGACGCUAUUGUUGACGAACAUAGAGCUAAUCUAGCUAAAACACACAAUGGGAAUGGAGAGUUUGGGGGUGAAGACAUAGUAGAUGUUCUACUCAGAAUCAAGGAAAGUGGAGAUCAAGACAUUGCAAUAACUAUCGACAACAUUAAAGCUAUCAUUUUUGACAUGUUCUCAGCUGGAACCGAGACUUCAUCCACAACAAUCGAUUGGGCUAUGGCAGAACUAAUGAGAAAUCCAUGUGUGAUGGCAAAGGCUCAAACUGAAAUAAGAGAGGUUCUUAAGGGAAAAAAGACACUUGAUGACAAUGAUAUUCAAACCCUAAAAUAUCUCAAAUUUGUUAUCAAAGAAACUCUAAGGCUGCACGCACCCAUUCCUUUACUCCCAAGAGCCUGUAGAAAAGAAUGUGAAGUUGCUGGUUAUACUAUACCUCUCAAAGCAAAAGUCAGCGUAAAUGUUUGGGCUAUAGGAAGAGAUCCCGAGUAUUGGCAUGAGCCCGAAAGCUUUACACCCGAAAGAUUUGAGAGAAACUCCAUUGAAUUUACGGGUAAUGACUUCGAAUUCAUUCCAUUUGGGGCUGGAAGAAGGAUUUGUCCCGGUAUAAACUAUGGCUUGGCAAAUGUCGAGCUUUGUUUAGCGCAACUUCUUUACCACUUCGACUGGAAACUCCCUAACGGGAUGAACCCUAAUGAUAUGGACAUGGCCGAGACCAAAGGAUUAGCUGUAUCAAGAAAAAAUAGCCUUUUAUUAAUUCCCACAUCCCAUAAUCCUUCCAUUGACAGCUGAUUAAUCCCAGUUCCUGUUCUAGAUGAG